ACCAGGCCGCCGAAUUAUUACUUUCUAUCUUAAGGAAAGUACUCCUCCCCCGACUACUACCUCGACUGUUUACGAGCUUGACUCUUCAGUGGCUAUGUCGGCCAGCAAAGAUCUCGGUAUCGUCACAAUAACCGAAAAAGAGGGCACGCGCUCAAGUCCUCAUCUCACCCCCCCGGAUGAGCUCGAGAAACUAGACUCUAUAGUCAUCACCGGAGAAAUUGAGGAAGAUGACGAAGAAGUGAACACCCUCCCACCACAGUAUGGCUACCAGAGUCCGGACUCUGAUGAAUAUAUCCUGAGUCCCCAUGAGCUAUACCGUCCCGAUCGAGGCUGGAGAGCUUGGUUAUGCGUCCUCGGUGGCUUUUUCGGCACUAUGUCGACCUUUGGUUUCGUCAACGUCAUGGGCGUCUUCGAACAGUACUACAAAGAGACUCUUCUCAAAGACUACUCAACAUCUCAGAUCUCGUGGAUUUCCUCUAUACAAACAUUCAUUAUGACUUUCGGAGCAUUGGUCAUCGGUCCAAUGUACGACGUUUACGGCCCCAAGAAACUGAUGCUGCCAGGCGCUCUGGUGAUGGUUUUGGGUGUAAUGAUGACCUCUCUAUGUACAAAGUACUGGCAGCUCAUCCUCGCCCAAAGUCUGUGCACGAGCUUCGGAGCUACCUUGCUGUUCAACCCGGUUCUCUCGUCCGUCAGUGGAUGGUUUGUUAGGAGACGUGCAGCCGCAAUGGGUAUCACGACAGCAGGCGCCUCGACAGGUGGUGUCAUUCUUCCUAUUCUUUUCCGUAAGAUCGAGGCCAGAUCUGGAUUCGGUUGGGGUGUUCGCUCGAUGGGCUUCUUUGUCCUUGGACUUUCAAUGAUCACUUGCGCGACCGUCACCACGCGCGUCAAGCCACCUGGCAAGCGCCAUGUAUCCCUUUAUGACACUUACAUCUCGCCGUUCAAGUGGACGCCAUAUGCUCUCACAGCACUGUCCGCUUUCUGUGUUAUGCUCGGCGCCUAUGUCCCGGUCAACUAUCUCAGCAGUUUCGGUCAGGCAAAUGGAUUCUCGCCAGAUCUCGCGUCAUAUUUGUCGUCUAUCCUCAACGGCGCCAGCACAUUCGGACGUAUAUUGCCAGGCAUUGUCGCCGACAAGCUUGGCAAAUACAACACCUUCUUCCUAUCCGCUUUCCUCACUGGCACUCUCGCAGCUGCAUUCUGGAUCCCAAUCACGACUCAUCCGCAAAUCAUAGCAUUCGCCGCAGUCUAUGGUUUCGUCUCCGGUGCUGCGCUAACAGUGUGGCAAGCCGUCAUCGGAGAGAUCUCGCCCAUGCGUGAGAUGGGAGCGCGUCUCGGAAUGGUGAACGCGUUCACGGCAUUCGCGACACUGGUCGGCUCGCCCAUUGCCGGUGCUAUUCAGUCGUCUAAUCAUGGCAAGUACUGGGGCAUGGCAAUCUUCACAUCUGCAAAUAUGAUUGGCGGCGCGUGUCUGGCGAUGGCCGCUCGACUGAUAUUGACUGAUUUCGUGCUGUUGAAGAAAAAGUGAGGAGUUAGAGGUUUAGUCAUAGAUAUUUGAAUGAAUAGAAUGAUUUUGUUUGCGUUAAAACCGGCGUUUAUUAUUCCAGCGAGUUGACCCAAUAUG